GUUCUGACGCCUUCUUCUUCUGAGCAUCGCACCAUCUUUCACACGUCUCAGUGCAGUCGACGCCACGGCACAACGACACAGGACGGUCCAACGCCGCCAACGCCACUGCAACGACAACAAGUCACACUGUGGAAACCAUAACUGGCUGCAAACUUCCUGUCGCUGCCCUCAUCUCAUGCAACAGGUUUAAGUUUUUUCCUGUGGCACUUUCGUCUAAAUUAAUGCUGGACGCACGUUUUUAGUUCCUGAUGCAGUGACGUCGACGGCUGGAGGCUGUGAGGCGACUGGAACAACUCUGGUGACACAGACGAACACUUCGGCUUGAUUAUGGAGAAAAAACCCAAAAUGAACGAAGACGGGGAGCUCAUCAACUUAGUGACCCACACGACUAUCUUAGCUCUGUUUUUCUUCCUGGUCGCUCUUCUCAUCCUGCUGUUUUUCCUGUACAAAUACUUAAACAGGGAAGCAAAUGGAAAAUACACCGUCCAACGCAUUGUAUUCAGGGAAGGGGGGUUGCGGGAUAGGGCCAGAGAUGCAACAGUGGCCGUGGCAACCCGCCUGGGAGUCCCACUGGGGCAUCAAAGGGGUCCAGACUCGAGUGAAGAGGAUGAGGCGUAUGGGGAUGAGGAGGAGGGGCGGGUGAAUUCAAACGGUACCAACGGGAGAGAUGAAGAUGAAGAUGAAGCUGAGCAGGUUGAUAAACAGAAAAGUGAUAGCGAAGGUGAACUUAACGACGUAAAGGGGAAGUCUGAAGACAAUUCAGCAGAAAGCUCAGAUGAGGAACAGCAACCUCUCGUCGAACCUGCGCCGGAGCCGAAGGCAGAGGCCGGUAAGGUGGAGGAGCCAGCGGCAGGUGAAGAAGAGGAAGACAAACUGGUGAUGAGUGGACCCAUAGUCAUCAACCUCAACCAAUUUUCAGGCAGUGUCCAGUGGUCUGAAGAAGAUGGAGAUAAAGGUGUAGUAGGUGAUGUAACACCACUGUAAGAAAUGAAAUAAUAUAGAAUAAACAAGAGACCAGGAAAAAAAAGGCUAAGUUAGAAUGUAUAUGAUCAUCAAGUGCAUAUGUCAGGUUACACAGUACUUUUUCAGCAAAACAUAGUUAACAUAAUAAUAUUUAACUUUCUUUUUUUAAGAUUUUAUUUUAUUUUUUUAAGAUUUUAAGUGUUUCAUUGUUUUCGCUUUUUUAAGUUUUAAUUUUUGUUUAUUUUUAUUUUUUAUUCCGGUGACGUUUAUAAUUUUACUUCCUGGUUGGGCACGUGCGGCAGAUAUGACGUAUCAUACGACGUACACGUAGACGUUACCUAGCAACCCGGACGUUAGCAAGACCCGAAACUCGUCUAAACUGAACAGUAAUUAUGAUAAAUCUAAUUAAAGUAAAAUGCAACACCUUUAUUUUUGUUAAAGCAACGUUUAAAGUGUCAGGAGAAUGUGUGACUUGUGCGUAAACUGUAUUUUGGCGGUAGAGUCUGUUUUAGAACUCAGAGCUACUUCCUGUAUUUUUGUACUUUUUUUUUCUAUUUAACUGAUGUAAAACCGUGAUAAACAUUCACCACAGAAUCCACCCAAACAAAACAAGUCAUAAAUAAGAAACCAUGAAACCUGCCAUGUGCAUUUUAUGUGAGUUUUUUCUUUACUUUUGAGGUAAAUGUGUUUUAUUCGUGUGUUUUGUUCAUGUUGUACUUGAGAGUGAGUCUGGUGUGACCCACAUCUGCUCCACAAACAAACUACAAACAUCACAACAUAUCUGACAUUGUAUUUUACACUUUACACUGUUUCUGUGUACUAUUUUAUGUGUUGGCCAAAUAAACUUGUGUAUUGUUG